AUGUCCGGUUAUCUCGCUGGGGAUGAUAAGGAGUGGCUCGUUGAAGAGCAGCCGCGCCGGGAGGAGCCGGUGAGGAGGUUCAUUGAUGGGGAGGGAGGCGAGUUGGAUAUCCCUGGCCACGAGGGAAGGGAAACGGGAGCAAAGGCGAUCACCUUUUGCGUUUAUGUGGAGUUAUCCGAAUAUGAUACCCCUUCCCCCACGCGCACUCGCGUCCGCUUCACCGCCGUGCACGGCGGCUUCCCAGGCCUUGAUAUCGAGGACGAGGAUGUGAAAAAGAGGGUAUGGGAGAGUAUGGGGAUACAGGUUGGAGCGGAGGCGGGUGACAGGGGGGUGGGGUUUGCGGAGGAGUUUGGGUUUGGUGCCGCUCUCCCCGUCGAGAUCCAAAUUAUGAUCUGGCAGCACACCAUCCAUUCUAUCCCAGGCCGUGGUAUACUCCAAUGCUACGGACCGAACAGGCUGUUGGCCGAGGUUCUUAAUCGUACCAUGAUACCAGCAGCAGUCCUGCAUGCAUGCUAUCUCUCGCGGCUGCUAGCACGGGAGCGCUGGACGCUAGGCAUACCUAAUGAUGCUACUGCUGACAAGAAGGUGUAUAUCGAUGUUAAGAGGGAUGCAAUCUUCUACUUGGGUUAUCAGUACUUCCCCAACCUCCCCGUCGAGAUCCAAACGAUGAUCUGGCAGCACGCCAUCCAUUCCAUCCCAGGCCGCGACUUCAUCAUCCGCUACUCCUCGAUUCCCCAAGCUCUGCAGAUAGGCCCAGCUCACGGGCGGUGGACCGAGAUCAUUUCUCCUACAUGGACCGUGAUCCCGGCGGUCCUGCAUACAUGCCAGCUCUCGCGGCUGCUGGCGCAGGAUCGCUGGACGCUAGACAUACCUAGUUAUUAA